AUGUAUGAAGCAUCAAGUUAUAUGAUGCCUAAAUCUUUAGGAUCAUCAUUAGUUACAAUUAUUUAUCGUUGUAAUCCUGCAAAUCCUUUGCAACUUUUCAAAGAUUUCAAAGAAAAUAUGAUUGAAGAUUUUAUUCAACAAGGAAACCGUGUAAAAAAAUCUCUAAAAUUAUGCGUUUAUGAUAUAAGAAUGCAAAUUCAACAAGAUGGUUUCGAUUUUAAUCAAUUUUUACCAUUCCCCAAUUUCGAAGAUAUUUCACAUUGCGAAGAUGAUUUAGUUAAUUGCACUGUUAAUAGUAAUAAUUUAUUAUGGAAUGAUCUUAAUAGUGUUCAACUUUUAGCUGCGGAUACUAUUUUAAAAUCGAUAGUCGGUUUGAACUCGCAGAAAUGUUUUCCGAUAGAAUUUCUAAAUACUUUGAAUCGAUCUGGAUUAUCAUCGUAUAAAUUAAAUUUAAAAAUCGCUUGUAUAGUAAUGUUUUUGAGAAAUCUGUCGGUAAACAAAGGACUAUGCAAUGGAAUUAGAAUAAUUGUUAGAGCCUUUCAUCAAAACGUACUUCAAUUGGAAAUUAUUACUGAUGCAUUUUUUGGGACUGUUCAUUUUAUUCCUAGAAUUUCUCUGGAUACAUCGAAUGAUCCAGCACUUCCAUUCAAUUUCGUUAGACAUCAGUUUCCAGUUCGGCUUGCAUAUGCGAUGACAAUAAAUAAGUCUCAAGGUCACACUUUUGAUAAAGUUGGCCUCUAUCUUCCAGAACCAUGCUUUUCUCACGGUCAAUUUUAUACAGAAUCUUCAAGAGCAACGGAAUCUAAUGGUUUAAAAAUUCAAGUAAAAGAUACCACUAGACAGAGCAAAACGGAUAAUGGGAAAACAGAAACAGAUAAUGCUGUUUAUCGGGAAAUUUUUUUGUGA